GGCGCAGAUCUGGUUCAUUUUUCGCGUCGCACCCCAGUUUGUGAAUGCACCCUAAUUUCUUAUUGGGCCUUUUCGUAGAUCCGCCGUCUCUUGUUGUCCAGCCCAGGCAGAGUAUUAGUACAUGACUACAGCCAACAAAUACGCACUCAGCGCAACGCAAAGGUCAUAUGGACUCUAUCUUUGAUCACAGGCGCGUCGUCCUUGCGUGCUGAGCGGGACUUUCCAAUUAAAGUUUUCCCGUUUAGUGGUGAUUCGAUAGAAUCGCAACCGACCCAGCUCCUACAAUAUGCACUUACGAAACAAAAGUCAAUUGCGGAGCAUAGCGACCAGUGGGGUUUGAAUCACCAAUGCGAGCAAGAGGGAGGUGACAGGAACCUCAGUACAAAUUUUUCUAUUGAUUCCAUGAUGAUUCCGUCUGCUCGAGGUUCAACAUCCCGCUACCAGCUCAACUGGCUUGCCCCAACACAAACGCAGCCACAAGUUUUACACACGGAGGAGGAAAUAGUCGAGGAAGGAUCUCAGAAAGAAAACACUCCAGCCUCAAAUAAGAAUAAGAAUGAAGAUGUUGCACGUACUCGCUCGUCGUCCCCGCAAGCAUCUUCUACCAAACUGGUCAAUGUAAAGGGUCCCCAUGCCGAUUCUUUGAGCCACCCGGAUUCAUGUACAGCAUCUGGUAUCGGAAAGGCGAAUGUCCCAAAGUCUGUUUCCUUUCAGUCUCCUCGUUCAGCAAAGCUAGUCCAGCCACUUCUUCAACCUACCAAAUCCCUCCCUGUGGCACCCAGCCGACGUCAGAGGUCUCCUUCCAUUUGCUCGCAAGAUUCCUUCGGUGGCGCAGUCUCACAGGAUCCUGCAGCAAAAUACAUUGCGCACGCUACUCAGAUUUUUGACGUGCCACUUUCUGACCUAGGACGCACUACUACAACCGAUCUCGCCAUGGAUCAUUCAUCCACGUCGCAGGAGGACGAUGACUCAUGGAUGAAUAAAAUACGGCGCGCUUAUGAGCAAUCCAAAGCCAGCGAAGCCAGUGGCAGCGUCCUUGUGCCAGGUACUCCUUCGCACUCGAGCGGUUCUGAAGGCUCUUUUCAAAGCACAAGCGUUCCUCAUCCCGACGCAUCGCAGUUGUUGAAUGAUGGUGAGGCCCUUCGUUCAAUCGAUGCUUCUCUCAACCUCAUUACUUCACGUUUGAUGUAGAGGACUCACUCGAAUCCCUCGAAGCACGACGCAAUCGAUAUGGGGCCCAGGCCAAUGCAUCACAAUCUUCCCUUAUUAUAGCAGAAGAUGAGCUUUCACAGGAGAAGAAACCUGUGGCAAUUCCUGAACAGGUUGUGCCCACUCAGCCAUCAACAC